AUGUUCACCUUCAACAGGUCUGAAAUUGAAAUCUCUACCUUCUUCCUGAUUGGGAUCCCAGGGAUGGAGCAUGCCCACAUUUGGGUCUCCAUACCCAUUUGCCUCAUGUACCUCGUUGCCAUCCUGGGGAACUGCACCAUUCUGUUUUUCAUAAAAACAGAACCAUCUCUGCAUGAACCCAUGUACUAUUUUCUCUCCAUGUUGGCUCUCUCUGACCUAGGACUGUCCCUCUCUUCUCUCCCGACCAUGCUAAGGAUAUUCUUGUUCAACGCUCCAGGAAUUUCCCCUGAUGCCUGCUUUGCCCAAGAAUUUUUCAUUCAUGGAUUCUCAGCUAUGGAGUCAUCAGUUCUUCUCAUCAUGUCCUUUGAUCGAUUUAUUGCCAUCUGCAACCCUCUGAGAUACACCUCCAUCCUGACCAGAGCCAGAGUCACCAAAAUUGGGCUUGCUUUUGCUUUCAAAAAUGUUUUGUUGAUCCUCCCUUUCCCUUUCACUCUAAAACAUCUAAGAUACUGUAAGAAGACCCUCCUUUCCCAUUCUUACUGCCUUCAUCAGGAUAUCAUGAAGCUGGCCUGCUCUGACAAUAAGGUCAAUGUUAUCUAUGGCUUAUUUGUGGCUGUCACAGGCAUCCUAGAUCUAGGAUUUAUUUUCAUGUCCUACAUGAUGAUACUGAAAGCAGUACUGAGCAUAGCAUCACAGAAACAAAGGCUCAAAGUCCUCAACACCUGCGUUUCCCACAUCUGUGCUGUGCUUAUCUUCUAUGUUCCCAUUUUCUCCCUGGCUGUUAUCUACCGGUUUGCCAAACACAGCUCCCCAAUCAUUAGGAUCUUCAUGGCUGAUGUUUUCUUGUUGGUACCUCCAUUGAUGAACCCCAUUGUAUACUGUGUGAAGAGCCAACAGAUAAGAAAUAUGGUUUUAGGGAAAUUGUGUCAGAAACACAGCUGA